CGUUUACUUACUUGUUACACGACACGAGCCAGUUUAAAAAAGUAAUAUGGAUUCGUGUUGUUACUGGUAUAAUGGGGGGUUUUUUGGCAAUAAUUUGAAUAUUCUUCAUGUAAAAAUAAAAUAAUGCAUAGAUCUAUGUCAAGAUUGUUCUAAUCCUAUUCAGGUAUUUUGGAGUAUAAUUAAUAUUAAUAGAAAAUUAUCCUGAUCAUUUUCUUGAAAAAAUAUAUCAGAUUGUUCUUUACAUUAGAAGAAAAGUUGUUUUUAAGCCUCAUGAUCAUAUUCUCCUAGAAGUUGCUAUUGUAAAGACUUUAGACAGUUGUUUGCCAUUUUUCCUUUCAAAAGAAAAUCUCCUCAACAAGUCACUUAUCAUUAUGAGCAAGAAUAAUAAAAUGGUCUUUGGCGGUUUUGAGUUUCAAAGGGCUGACCAAUCAAAAUCCAAAAAGCGUAAAUCUAAUUAUCCUUCGUUUCAAUCUGCCAAAAGACAAGUUUCUUCAAAGAUGUUUGAAAGUGCAAGUAAUUUGUGUAAACCGAAAAAGAAUAUCAAAGCUGAUGAUGACGUUAUUAUUCUGAAGGAGGAGAAAGUAGUUAAAGAGUUUCCAAUUGAAGUUUGGGAAAAUAUAGCCUGCACCUUGUCUAUUAUAGACAUUAUUAGUUUAUCACAAACAAACAAACGAAUGUAUGAUAUUAUUAAUCAACCUGAAUAUAUGAAAUACAAAAAACUUUACUUUAAAUAUCUAAAAGGAUAUAUAACGGCUGAAGACAAUAAAGAAGUUAAAGACGUUAUUGAAGGAAAGCAAGAUUCUGUCAAUUGGAUUAACUACUGUGCUCAAUGUGUACCAAGAUAUACAGUAAAGUCAGAUUUUGUUCAAGUAAUUAAGAAAAUUGAAAUUUAUGAAGCCGUUUGUAAGCUUUUAAAAAGCACUGAAGAUAUUUGGAAAAUACUGACCUAUAUAAUAAUGUUCAGUGAUGGUAUGAAUAAGAUACUUUAUAUUCUGACAAAACUUUCAUCAACUUCAAUUCACCUGCCAAUACUAUUGAAUUACUUUUAUAAUCUGGCAUUUCACAGUCUUGUUUUAUUGAGGAACUGUCAUGUUGAUAAUAACAUUCAUAUAAUUCAUUACAAUAUAUAUUAUGCUAUCUAUAUGUUUGAAAAUGAAUUCCAAGCAACGAUAGAUGAUCUUAGUCUUGCUUAUUCUCAUUCUGGUCAACAAACAAUUACAAAAUAUGCAUCAAGUAGUAGCAAACUUAGGCUGACCCAUGAACAGCUUCAAAUUUGUUCGUUCAAUCCAGACAGAGGACUGAUGGCUAAAAUAAUUGCCUUCGCAGGAACAGGAAAAACUACAACUCUACUUCGAUAUACACAACUAAGACCCAACUUAAGUUUUCUACUAAUUGUUUUCAACAAGGGUGUUGCGGAACAUGCUAAAACGCUUUUCCCAAAAAAUGUGGAAGUUAAAACUGGCCAUGCAAUUGCCUAUCGUCAUACUGGUUUUCGUUAUGCAAAAAAGCUGACGUUUGGCUCGAUCAGAGUGCAAGAUAUUCUCGAUGCAGUUCCAGCUAGAAAAGGCUUUAGUAUAUUUGUUAGAGCAAAAUGGAUUUCAGAAACUCUUCAUGCAUUUUUUGCAUCAGAUGAUGAGCGUAUAACAACAGAACACAUCCCUACACAUGUUACUAAUGUAGAUCCUGAAAAUGGAAAAUGUGUAACUGAGGAAGAUAAGCAUAAUCUUGUUUAUGAUGCAGAUCUAUAUUGGAAAAAAAUGUUAGAUAUCGAUGAUUAUUCGUGCAAAAUGAAUCACGAUGGAUAUAUGAAGGCUUGGCAAUUACAGAAACCCAGGCUUAAUCGUUAUGACGUAAUAUUAGUUGAUGAAGCUCAGGACUCAACUCCGUGCCUGUUGAAAGUAAUAACCGACCAAACGAUUCCUGCUAAAAUUCUAGUGGGCGAUCCCCAUCAGCAGAUUUACUCUUUCAGAGGUGCUAUUAAUGCUUUGGGAAUUAUAAAUGCCCAUAAAACUUUUUAUUUAACUCAAUCAUUUAGAUUUGGUUCAGAAAUAGCGUAUGCAGCUCAUUGCUGUCUGUAUUCAUUAAAAAACGUUCGCCAAAAAAUUUUAGUUGGAGGCUCUCAGAUUUGCUCAAUUCGAUCUCCUAAUUCAGAUGAACUAGCAAUAUCAGAACUACAACAUUCUUACAAUCCAACAGAUAUGGAAUUUGUUACAAACCCAAAAGCAAAAAGAACUAUAUUAUGUAGAUAUAAUUUCACGGUUUUCGAUAUCGCCACUAAAUUAGUCUAUGAUUGUGAAAGGCCAACCGUUUCUAUACUGGGUGGCUUACAAAAUUUUGGUUUAGAUGUCAUUGAGGAUAUAUAUUUAUUAACAUUGCCAGCAGAUGUUAGACGAGAGAGGCGAGAAAUCAGGCAUGGCCUUAUAAAACGAUUUGAAUCAUUUUUUGAAUUUGAGAAAUUUGCUAUAAAAGUUUCUGAUGCUGAUUUAAUCGGUAAGAUUCAAAUUGUAAAGAGGAAUUACGCCGAACUACCAAAACACCUUGCUAAUUUAAAGCAAUACGCACACUAUUCCGAGAAAAAUGCAGAUAUUAUUAUUGGUACAGUUCACAAAGCGAAAGGCCUAGAAUUCAACUGUGUUGAAGUUAAUGAAGAUUUGUCAUUGGACGAUGGUGAUGUAACAAAUGAUGAUAUAAACUUAUUGUAUGUUGCUAUAACAAGAGGCAAAAAGCAACUUAUACUUCCCAGAUAUGUUAAAUCUUUAUUAAUUUCUAUGGGAUUUUGCGGAAUAUGUCCUAUCCCGCCAAAUAAAUUGGAUAUUAAGGAAACCACGACCUAUGCUGACACUGGUAAUGUUGUUCGGGAUGUUAACAAUUUACCGUUCGUUCUUCUGAGAAAACCAGAUAAAGAUUUUGUUGGCGGUAUUAUUACUUAUAAUAAUGACAUUGCUACAUCAUGUUUCGGAUCAUUGUUUGCUUCAUGAUAAAUGUUGAAUUGAUUGUAUAAGAAUUUAAAAAUGUCUACACACCAUGAAACCAAAACUGAUUUCAAUAAAUG